ACCCUCCUUGGUGGCUCUAGAUCCGCCCAUGAUGACACGUAUAUCACAAACCGCUAAGAGGUGACGUUGAUCUUGUGUUGUUAUUACUAAAACUUUGCUUGAAAUCAUUCGAAAACGUAACUCUUUUUUUUUUUUUUUUUUUUUUCGAAAACGUACUUAAAUAGCGUUUUUGAAUGAUUUCAUUUUUGUGGUACCGGUAUAGACUCUAAUGGUUUGUACUAGAGACAUUGUUGGAUCACUAUGCAACUUCAAAUUUGCAUGUAUACGCAUAGUUCCGAUGGUAUUCAAAUUCACGUGGAAAGCGUGGAGAGUAUUUUAUUGAUUGUUGAGGCAGACUUCUGCGGUCGAAAAUACUUGCGACUUCUUUAUAUAUAUCCUCUCGCCUUCGAUAAGUCAAUUUCCAGUAUAUUUACUCCUUCGUUUUUCUCGAGGUUAUCUAGAGAUAGUAAGAUCCCCGACGAAAUUAAGAUAAUGGCGGAAGUAAAUGGAGUAAUUCCUUCAUACAAAAAAAGUGGAGUAAUUCCGACAAUAGACUUGGAAGAGGUUAAUGAUCAAAUUCUGAAUCAAAAAAUUCGCCAAGCAAGUGAAAAAUGGGGAUGUUUCACGGUGAUAAACCAUGGGGUUUCUUUGUCUUUGAUGGCUGAGAUGAAGAAGACUGUUAGAGAUCUCCAUGAACGUCCACAUGAGAUGAAAGUGCGAAACACCGAUGUGUUACUAGGUAGUGGUUACAAGCCACUAAGUGAGUUGAAUCCUUUUUAUGAAUCAUUUGGUAGUUUUGACAUGGCAUCUCCUCAAGCUGUCAAUAAUUUCUGUGAUCAACUUGACGCCUCCGCAGAUCAAAGGGAGAUUAUGCUAAAGUAUGCGAAAGCUACUGAUGAUCUUGCAAGGAAUCUGGCAAGGAGAUUAGCGGAGAGCUAUGGAGUGGUGGACCAACAUUUUCUGAGAGGAUGGCCUAGCCAUUUUCGGAUGAACAAAUAUCAUUUUAAACCGGAAGCAGUUGGAAAACUCGGUGUGAGAUUACACACGGAUCCUGGUUUCUUGACAAUUCUUCAAGGUGAUGAGGAUGUUGGUGGACUUGAAGCCAUGGACAAUUCUUCAGGAUCCUUUUUCCCCAUUAACACAUUGCCGAACACGCUUCUUGUCAACCUUGGUGACAUGGCUACGAUAUGGAGCAAUGGAAGGUUAUGCAAUGUGAAGCAUAGAGUGCAAUGCAUAGAGGCCAAAAUGAGGAUUACUACCGCUACCUUCCUGUUAGGACCAGUGGAUAGAGAUCUUGAAGCUCCUGAUGAAUUUGUGGAUGCUGAACAUCCGCGACUAUACAAGCCUAUCAGCGACGGAGGACUAAGAAAGAUUAGACUUAGCAAGCAUCUUCAUGCUGGCGAAUCUCUCAAGUUUAUAACCAUUAAAGAUUUAAAUGACGUCCCAAAGAUAAAUUAAGGGGACUGUUAAAUGUAUCUAAAUAAUUCUCAUAAUAAUUUUAAUAUUUGUUACGCUGGAUCAUGUAAUAAAUUUCAUUGUGCUUAUGGUA